CAACGUUCGGGAUGUUGGAACGACGCAGGUGUAUUUCGUUUAGUUUGUUUUAGACCUUUAGUUGAUUUGGACAGGUUAUUGAGAGGGGUGUCUUACUAGCUCAUAGCCUUUGUGGUGUCUAUGGAUCAGAAAAUCGGUAUUCAGCCAUGUCCUCCAACUGAACUGCUACUUGCAGCACAAGCGUUCGUUGAUAAUGUAGUCAGAGAAUCCGUCAUUUUAUUUACAUCAGGACCACUUACAUCGGGAAGCAAAGGUUCCAUACUGAGAAAAGAUGUGACCGCUGUCAACUGUGGGAGGACCUCACCUGCGUCUCCUGGACCCAGAAUCUCGUUGGCAGCUGGGCUGAACGAUGGGUCAGAGCGAAGUUGGAACCAGUCUUCGCCUGGGAGCGCAGAUUCAUUCCCAUUCGCUGUACAUCCUAGAUGCGAAGACCUUAUUCGCGAGGAAAAAAGGAUGUUUUCAGGGGUCUACAAAACCCGUGAACGGUCUGCCGACCGAUCAGUCCGACAGCCGUCUCCUCUGUCUGCAGACUUGGAGCGAUACAGCCCAGCUUCGUCAUCUGUUUCUGAGGAGAUGAAGUCUAUCGUGAACAAAAAAAAACAAGUAGCUCCAGUGUCGGAAACAUCAACUUUAGAAACGAUGAAGGUUAACGAGCCGAGAAAGUCCUUGAGGAGGCGACUCCAGACAGGACCUACCAAGAUCGCGCCCUCUGUCUGGGGCAUCUGUUCUCGGGAGGGCACCCGGGAAGAUGGAUGCUGCAUGCUUUCCUAACUCUCCCAGUGUCAGCGUUGCGUUCGAUGCAUCAUCACACAUUUUCAUGUAUUUUUGUUGCAAAAGUGUCAUGGCAAUAAUAAUAAUACACUAACGACAAACAAUAAAACUUUUCUUUUCUCUG